CUCUCUUAUUUCUCUAUUAUCUGAUCUUUUCUCUUUUUAUUUUCUCUCUAUAAUUUCUCAUGGAGAUGAAGCAGCGAGCUUCAGAACUGCCAUUCUUGCGCUCCGAUGACUUCCUAUGCCUGAGCUCCGCCGCUUCCGACCGAACCAUCCACGAUAAUUCCAGCGAUCACGUCAAGCCGCACAUCAAGGAAAUGGAUUUCUUUUCUACUAAUAACCAAUCACAAUAUGAUAAUAAGGGUUCAUCAUCUUCUGCUUCUGAUGUAAACACUGGAUUAAAUCUUCUGAGUUCAAGACAGGGAGUUUCAUGGAUAAGUAAUGAAAAGAAACCCAACACUGAAAUGAGUGUUCUUAUAAUUGAGUUAGAAAGGUUACACGAAGAGAAUCGGAGACUGAGAAGCAUGUUGGAUCAGAUUACCAGAAAUUACAAUGAACUACAAGAUCAACUAUUCAUGGUCGUGCAAAAACAGGCGCUUGCAAACAGUAAACAACAGCUGAAGGAUGGAGUAAAGGGCAUGUCGGUCCAACAAUUAAUGGACCCACGACCAUUUGCAGCAUUAGAUGUGAAUGAGCCCUCGGCAUCUGAUGACAAGAGGCAUGAAUUGUCAGCAUCAUCCCCGAAAAACAACAAUAUGGAAGUCAUGUCGAUGGAAGGUGACCUUCGGAAGGUUCAGAUUCAAGGCAAAGACGUAACCGUCGUCAAAGAUGACAUGGAUCUAACGUCUCAAACCCGGGGUUCACCAAAAUGUCCAAUAGUGGAUCAGUCAAAGAGCGAAGAGCAAGUGUCUGAAGUACCUUUCAGGAAGGCAAGAGUCUCGGUUAUAGCAAGAUCAGAGGCUCCCAUGAUAAGUGAUGGGUGUCAAUGGAGGAAAUAUGGUCAAAAGAUGGCCAAGGGUAACCCUUGCCCACGCGCCUACUACCGUUGCACCAUGGCUGUUGGCUGCCCUGUUCGAAAGCAGGUACAAAGAUGUGCGGAGGACAAAAGCAUUCUAAUAACAACGUACGAAAGAAACCACAAUCACCCUCUACCACCGGCAGCCACCGCAAUGGCUAAAACAACCUCAGCGGCCGCAGCCAUGUUGCUAUCUGGCUACUUCAACUCUUUACCCUACGCAUCCGCAAUGGCGACACUAUCUGCCUCCUCGCCAUUCCCCACCGUAACACUCGACUUAACUCAGGGCCCAAACCCCGUUCCAUAUAUACGUCCACCGUCUUCCACGCCCACAUUUCCAUUACCUUUGCAUGGUUACCCUAUGUUGGCUCCCAACAAUCUAUCUGCAUUUCCAGGAAUGCAGAUGGAACAAGAACGUAGUGCUUCCAUGGUCGAAACUGUCACGGCUGCCAUCGCUUCUGAUCCAAAUUUCACCGCCGCAUUAGCUUCCUCUAUUUCAACAAUAAUGAAAGGAACGCCACCGACGCUGAGCAGCAAGGUCCCUGGUCUUCCGGGUUCACCACAGCUACCUCAAUCUUGCACCACUUUCUCCACUAACUAGCCAGGGCGAUGAUCAGAUUUUGCAUGCUAUAUGAUCCACUGUGUAGAAUACACCAAGCAAAUAUAUAUUUGAUCAAAAUUUGCUAAGUAGUUCCACUGUUUACCCACUAUUUCUGACAGGGGCACUUGAUUCCUGGAAAACAAGGGUUUACUCCCAAAUAUUUUCCUCCGCGAACACGUUUUCAUCACUUUCGGACAAUACAAAGAUUACUUCAACAAUAUCUUAAAAUAGACCACAAACAGCUGAUACUUGUCAGUGAAGAUAAGAAUAUUCCGUCUGCAGCCAACAUCUUCCACCCAUAAUAAGGAGAAUAAAGCACCACGACCAUUGCCAUGUCCAUGUUCAAUGAAUCGCCUUUGGGUUUUCACGAAUUCAACCUGAAAAUACAGCCAGGUUCAAGCCAAUAACAGUUGCCAGUUGCACCUGUGUGACCCGGAG